UCUGCCUCAGCUGUCCUUGGUGCUGCUGUUUCAGAUGGAGGCUGCAGUAUUUUGCUGAGUAGCGGUGAGCCAGCAUUCACUCGCUCUGCCUCCAGCCCUCAGCCUCUCAGCCGGUCGAGGAGGGUGCUGAGAGUCCUGGCAGCCGGAACUACAGCGCCCACAACCCUCCAGACGAAGCCCAGACUGUCUCCAGGCCUGCAGCGCACUCCCUUGGAACCCUGGGAGUCGCAGUCCUCGCUAACUGGCUGGUGUUGGAGGCAGAGAGAGAGAGAGAGAGAGAGAGAGAUAGAAAGAGGUUGACGUGCCAUGACAACCCUCAGAGAGAGAGAGAGAGGAAGAGAGAAAGUAACUGCUGAGUCAUGUCUGCCGGCCUAGAAGAUACAGACAACGUGUUUGACCUGAAUGAGGCGAUCCCAGAGACUGAGCUGCUCGAUAACAGCAUCCAGAAGGGCCGAGCUCAGCUGUCCGUCAAAACACGAAGACACCGCCCCUCCAGGUCCCGAUACCGUGACAGCGUGAGUUCUACGGAGGGGGACGACAGUCUGGAGAGAAAGGACAGCCCGUUACACUCAGCCCGCUCACCUCUCCAGCUCGCUAUACGAGGCAACUCCCCCUCCCCUGAUUCGCUCCUGUCAGUUCGAAGCCCCGCCUUCUCCUUCGACACAUCACUGGUGCGUCGCUCUCCAGAGGAUGAAGGAGCGCCAUUGGUUGCUCCCCCACGCGGGCGGUACCACCAGCUGACCAAUGCCACAUCUCAGGAGGCUCUGGUGACCCCGAGCAGCUCGCCCUCCAGGUCCUGCCCCUCCCCUGACUGCUCUCGUGUCUACAUGAGGAGGAGCAGGAGGCCCGACAGUGAAGUGUUGGUUUCAGACUCGAGUCGGGACUCCAGUCCAGCUGAUUCCAGCAGCCCAACUGUCGUCUUCGACAAGAAAACAAAGAGACGCUUCCUAGACCUGGGGGUGACUCUCAGGCGGUCAUAUAUCAGGGUGAGAAAAGAUAAAUCCAACAGGCUCUCUGUGGGCAGCAGAGAACCGUCCGAGAGUCCAUCUCGUUCUUCGGGAUCCUUUGUGCCGUUUUCCUGGUUCACCGAAGGACGAGGGUCGCUCUCCUCCUCCGGGACUCCCCCGUGCUCCCCCAAAAACACCCCGCAGAGCUCCCCGAGGCCCCGCAAGUCUCACUCUCAGGAGUCGGCUCUCAGCGAGGAAUUUUCACCUCCUCACACAUCCUCCUCAACCUCUCCUCCUGUAGACUCCUCCUCCAGAUCCUCCCAUCCGUACCACACCCUGUCCCAGUCUUCUGAUGAGCCCUUGGAUGAGCCGUCCUGUCCGGUGUCUUUGUGGACGACUCAGGAGGUUUGUCAGUGGUUGAGAGGAUUUAACAUGGACCAGUACAUCCCAGAAUUUAAUGCAAAAGACAUUGACGGUCGGGAGCUCCUGCAGAUGGAUGGAAACAAGCUGAAGGGUCUGGGCGUGCUCAGUUCGUCUGAUCGCAGUGCUAUAAAGAGACGCAUCAGAGAAAUCCAAAACGCAGCAGAGAAAGAGAGAAAAGCUCUGGACAAGAUGGAGAAACAGAAGGAAAAACAGAGGAGGAAAGACCAGGAGCAGCACAGGAACUGACCCUGGACCACCAGGGGGAGACACACGAAGACCAAUGGAUGGGGAAAGCCAAGGGGGAAGAUAAGCUAACCAAAGGGGGGAGGAAAACAGGGGGGAGACUCAGAAGAAUUGAGGGAAGGAUUGUUGAAAUGUUAUGAAGGGGCCUGACAGAAAAAUAAAGAAGGACAUUUGUACUCAAAAGAACAAAAACAUUUACAACAACCAAACUAAAAUAUGAUUUAUUGUUGAAGAA